UUUUAUUUUGCUUUAUUUGAGUGUAUGUACUGUGGCUUCCAAUUUAGUAUGUUGUCUUUACAAACAAGCACAUUCAAAAGUUUUUAAAAAUGUCCAUGUCACAAACAGUAAAAGCACAAUUGCAUUGCAAAUUUUAUCAAAAUCGGGUGACGCCAUGCUUUUGAUAAUGAUUGGCGCUAGUUGUUAAAAAGUUUAGGAUUGUCAGUGUUCUUUUGUGCAUUUGCCUUUUGAAACAGUGUCAUUUCCAAUUUGCAAACGUGAUUCUUAUCAAUGAGUUGAUGAUGACACCAAUAGCUACAGAAAUGUAGAAAGAUUUACAGCUACUGAAGCGUAAUUUCUAGAGAGGGAUUAGAGAUGACCUUCACCUUUAAAUUCUGAGGCUGCAUUAAGAAAUUUUCACCUCAUAGAGGGAACAAAUAUACACAAACAAAGAUGGAGGAGGAGGUCUAUGACAUGCAUGUGUGUCUGGUCUGCCAGUCCACAGUAGUAGGCCUCAUCAACUAUGUCAACCACAAGAAAUACGACUGUCCAGGGAGAAAACUACCCACUACCGCAUCUUCCAGCAAUUCCUCCAGCCAAACUCAGGUCCAGGUGUCAAACAGCACCACCCAGAUACCACCCCAGGCUGUGGAGACGGUGGUGGUAGCCAGUGACAAGUCAGAGGAAUACAUGCAGCAUCUGGGAGGGCUGCACCUGCUGGCCAGUCAGUGUCAACCCACGUCUGAACAGGAGAGAGCUCUAGCUUCCUCAGAGGCACCCCUCCAUCAAUCCGAGGCAACCUUGUCGACAGAAUGCACAAGUCUGAACUCGGAUCCCAUUCCUCAAAACCUGAUGAUGCAGCACAGCGGCGUUGGUCAGAAUCUGGUCAUUCAGCAAGAAAGCCUUCCAAACUCUCAACCAGCUGUAACAAUUUCUGAGCAAGAUUUAUCUGUUGUCAUUGAUUUCUCCACUGUGAAGAAUGACAUAUUUAGUCCAAGUAAUGGUCACGGUGUGGAUCCAAAUGAGGUGAUGAAUGAUGCUGGGAGUAAGGAUAAGCCAAAUUUCUUCUCUUCACUUGCCCUUCAAAGUAAAUCUUCCACGUCUAAAGAGUCUGGACAGAACGAAAGCAUGUUUGAUGAUCAAGGUCAUAAUAGUAUAAAUGAACUUCCAAUCUCAAACAUUCUCAAUAGUCUUAAUUUUAGUGAUGAUGAUUUAGAUUUUGAUGAAGAUUUCUUAGAGGAAGCAUUUUCUGACGAUUCCGAAGAUGAACAUCCACCUCCAGAUUACACUCAUGGAAAAUGGAAGCCAGGUGAAAGUCCCCAUCAAACCAAAGGCGGAAAGUGGAGAUCACAAAGGACUAUUAUCAGUACUGGUGGAAAGUGGAAACCAGGCAUGGAUAGAGAAGUUGGGGGAAAAGGAAAAGGCAAGCAUGCAAAACCCAAAACAAGUGAGACUGCUUCAGACUAUUACUGCAACUCUUGUAACAUAAGUUUCAAAUCUAGAUUCACAUAUUCUGCUCAUUGUAAUGGCAAAACGCAUAAGAAAAGAAAAAGAUCUGGGAAAAAGAUUUACGAAGAUGCGGAGGAAUCAGUGGCAGAAGAAGUGGAAGGGACUGUAGAAGAUUCUGGGUCAAAGGUGGAGGAUGAAAAGGAGAGUAAAGAGGAAACUGCAACAUCUGCCCCAGUACCAUCAGAGACUGCCACAAAGGAAGAGGAGGAGGAAGCCCCUAGCGUUAAGGAAAGUGAAGAAGCAAAAGUUGCUGAGGAACCAGUGAAAAGUGAACGUGAAGUUAUUGAACCAGAGUGCAAAAUAUGUGAUCAGAAAUUUGCCAACUUGUAUGUAUUAACAAGACAUUUGUUGUCCAGGAAGCAUAAGAAUAGGACUAAAGGAGAGAAAGAUACAAUCAGGAUUCUUGACCAGUACCAUAAAUUCAUUGUAAGACUUAGUCCUUUUCAAUGUGGACUAUGUCAGUACUAUUUCAACCAAGAAAGUGAUUUAGUUGUUCACUUGAAAGAAAGUGGACAUAGAAAUCAAUGUAAGAAACUGCCAGGAGAAUUGAUCUGUACAAUGUGUCAGUACAGCAGUCAUGCCAACGAGGAUCUGGUCGAUCACAUGACAAAUAACUUGAGUCACAGAGAAGCUGCAUUGAAAGGGAGGAAACUCUGCAUAAUCAAAGAAAAAUGGUUCAUGGCAGCAUGCAAGUUUUGCAAAAAGAAAAUGCACUCACGAGUUCACAUGAAAAGACACAUCAGAUCAAAGCACAAAAAGGAGCUCAACUCUGUAGGUCACAUCAUUGGGGACUGUCAGAUAGAUGAAGUUGGCGAUUUCUCCUGUGCAGAAUGCAACAAUAGAAAGUUUAAGACAUACAAUGCCUUUGUGAUUCACAUGAAUCGACGGCACGGAGACAGUGAUGCAGCUAUAUGUGAACUCUGCAACAAAGUGUUGUCUGGAAGAAACAGCUUCUCACAGCACAUGAAGAGCAAGAAACAUAAGAAGAAGGAGAUGAUGAGGUACUUGGCAAAUAAGGGAGGUAAGAAGGAAGAAAAAUCAGAAGACGUGAAAGAGGAAAAUGAUGUGAAGGAGGAAGACAUUGAGAAGGAGAUGAAAAUUGAGGAGACCAAAAAAGAGGUGGAGGAAGACGAGGGUAAUGAAUAUACCAAGCUUAAAUACAAUACCCAGAAACCAGAUGUUCCAGGAAUGUAUGAGCGAGCGCACAACAAUCACCAUUUGAAAAAGCCUAGAGGGCCCUACAAAAAACGAGGCAGAAAACCAGCAGACAAACCGGUGCAAGAGAAGGUCUUCAAGUGCAACCACUGCGAUUUCAUGGUCAACAAGUACGCUGAUCUCAGACCUCAUUACAUGGAUGUUCAUUCCAAGGAAAUUCUUGUCUGCGAGCUUUGUGACAUAACUUUCCUCAAUGAGAAAGCUCUCAAGCUCCACUACUCUGGUAAGCAGCACCAAGCCAAUUUAGCUCAUGUGGAGGACAACAACACAAAUAUGGAAGGGGAGACCAGCAUCUACCAUUGUCACAUUUGUAAUAAGAGGUUCACAGACGAAGCCUGGAAGCAGUUCCACAUUGAUGUGUAUCAUCUACAUCCAAACUCUGAGGAACUGUUGGUGAAGGAGCUAGGAAGACCAGACAUCACUUGGGAGAAGUACAAGGACUUCCUAGAGAGGGUGAAGAAUUGUGAACGCAACGAGAGGAUACCUUGUAUUGAGUGUAAUAAAGAAUUGAAGAAGGAUUACAUGUUGGAGCACCUUCGUCUGCAUUCCGGUGAUCGACCAUUUAAAUGUCGCUAUUGCAGCCAGGGUUUUAUGUCGCCACUGUCCCUUCGGCGUCACCUGCUGACUCACUUAGGGUUGACGGAAAGGAGUUGUGAUAUUUGUGGGAAAAAGUACAAGAAGGUAGAGUCCUAUCGUGAACACAUGAGGCAGCAUGCGAUGGAAAAACAGGGAGUUCAGAAGCUGAUGUGUGAUGUAUGCGGCAUGUCUUUUUACCUCCAAAGGCAGCUGAAGCACCAUAUGCGCAGACAUGGAGAGAAAAAGUUCAAAUGCACAGAGAAAGAUUGCCAUUGGAGUUUUUAUUUUGCCAAUGAACUUGAUGCUCACAUGAAAUCCCAUACUAAGCUCCGCCCCUUUCUCUGCGACCAGUGUGGAUAUUCAGCUGGGACAAAGAAUAGACUUUUACGCCACAGUCGAACACACACUGGCGAGAGGAAUUUUCAUUGCGAAUACUGCACCUACAAGGCCGGUACCAGGACUCAUCUUCGACGUCACAUGAGAAUUCACAUAGGUUCUAAACCUUACAAGUGUCCAUAUUGUGAUUAUUCUUGUAACACUCAUGAAAACAUUCGCAAGCACAUCAUGAAAACAAAGAAACAUGAAGGAUUGUUCAUCUAUCCCUGCAAGUUUUGUGAGUGGGGUUCGAACACUGUCAAUGAAUUCCGUGCCCACUCAAAGCUCAAUCAUCCUGAACAUUAUGAUGAUGAAAAGUACGAAGGCAUAGCAGCUGUUAUGGGCCUGUAUGUGAAAGAAGAAGACCUACAAAAACCCACAGAAGGAAUGAAAAUCAACCCUGUCAAGGAACGUAAGCCAAGGGAACCUUCCUACCAACCUCCUCAGAAAAAAAUCAAAUCGGAGAGUAUGAUUCAAACCCUAGAAGAGCCCGUUCUGGUCGUUCCAAGCUACUCUCAAGAGGAAGUGGUAGAGCAUUAUGGGACUGUAGACUACCACGUUGCGUACAAUGGUCAGAAUGAUACAGACAUCAAUCGUCCAUGGAAUCCCACUUCCCAACUUGAAACAGAGCGAGCUGUCCGUACUGUUAUUGUUCCUUCCACUGCUGGGGAAACUGUGAUUACUUAUGAGUAUGAGACAAGGGAGGUUAAUCCAAAUGGACCUCGAAUAACAGGAGAACUUUUCUACACCAGUUAACUAUGAACAUUUCUGUAAAAUUUGCAGUUUUUGAUGUAUUUUCCUUUGUAAGAUUGUUUUUUUUUUCUUUUAUCCUUUUUAUCAAAUCAUUUUGUUUCAAGCAGAUUUGAGAGAUGCAUUGUUAUAACUAAGUUGAUGCAAGAAUCAAAUGUUUUAAAGUGAUUUAAAAAUUCCUUUUUUACUAAAGAGGGGAAAAUCAAUUAUGCAUAUUAUGAUUGCAUUAUAUUUUUUUUUUCAAGUGUUUAUGGUGAAUCUUUUGCAUUACUGAGUGCCAGGUUGUUCCAUGUAUAGACUAUUCACGCUGAUAGUUUGGGGUUUUUUGAGUGAUAAAUUGACAAUUAAUUAUAAUAAAGUGUACUGCAAAGAUGUUAAUUCCCCAUAUAUCUUUAUUACAUGUCUUAAAAUUUUGAAUUAUAAUCUGAACUUAUUUUUACUUGCCUUCUUUUAAAUUGGGUAGGGUACAGUGGACAGCAACAUGUAUUGUUAUUAUAUUAAUUAAAAACUAUGGAUGAAAAUUAUGGAUCUUUGAAUUUUUUAAUACAUUCACAGCAUUUCCUUUUUACAUAUGAAUUGUUAGUGAUUUUUUUUCUUUAUUUGUGCCAUACUAAAACAUUUUAUCUGCAACUACAAAUUUGUACAUCUUUUGUAAUCCUUUAUUAUCAGAAUUUGAAUGUAUUCAUGAAACUUUGAAAAAAAAAAUGAAUUGAAUUAUCAACAAAUCAUAUGUUUUGUUAUUGAUUUUUCAAAAUGGAGAAGAAAUAGGGCCAGUUUAAAGGCUUGUGAUUAAAAUGUGCAUUGUAUUCUUGUCGCUUCAUCAGUAUGGCUGGCUUUGCUCUUGUGUAUGCAGGUUGAAGAUUAUUGGUGAAUAAUAUGUAGGCCCUGCACAUUGUGGCAAGGUUAUGUGUAGACUGAAAUGAACUAUUUUUGAUAAUCAUUGCAAAUAUGUCGCUAAUUUUAAAUUGUAAGUUAAUCAGAAUGAAGUCAUCUUUUAUGCAACUUUGAAAAUUGUGUAAAAAUUGGUUAGCUUAACCAACUGUUGAUAAUCAUGUAUUAAUGAUUUGUAUUUAAUCUGUAAACUACCACAUUAAACUGUUUUACAUAAUAAUCAA